AUGAGCACAGCGUUCAUCUUUCUUCUUAAUGUCGGGUGGUCCGGGGGCUCACCUCAUUAUGUCAGGAGCAGCCAUUUGUCGUUCGAGAAAAGCUACGAAUGGCAAUCCAAAGAAACACAGUGUCAUCGUAUGCUCAAACACCUUCAGGACGGACCACAUGUCACUGUUCACAUGCCCCCCAACAUCGCGGGCCACUGGCUGUCCACCAGCUGUGAAGUAAGACCAGGACCGGAGUUCCUCACCAGAUCCUACCGCUUCUAUCACAACCACACCUUUCAAGCCCUUCAGUUCUACUACCGUGAUAACCACUGCACAGAACCACGCUACAGUCUCCUCAUCCAGGGAAGUGUGCACCUGCGCCAAACCUCCUGGAUGAUCCGCGGGGGCACGGAGGCAGAUUACAAACUCAGUCGUGUGCAGUUAGUGUGUCACAGUACCGAAGUCGCAGAGGACCUCUCCCGACAUUUCAGACAAAGCUGUUUCAUGCCGAAGCCUCUAGUUCUCGGAGUGAGUUAUGACGUGUGGAGCGAGGAAUCGAGUCAUGAUUGUACCGGCGCUUUAAACUUCACCAUGGUGGAGUUGCAGCUGUUGCGCGUGGAGCAGCGCCACAGCCGUGGAGACCCGGACGGGCACGCGGAGGAACUGUUUCUUGGAGACGUACACACUGAGCACACCCAGAGAAAGCUUCACAAGCCCGUCCGCUACCAAGCCCCGCUGCAUAGCGUCAAGAACUAUGACCGUCGCUGCCUGGCCUGUCAGAUCAUCUCCCGGGCUGACCUGUAUCACCCUCCUGUCCUCCCUGCCCAAGACGACCUCCCUGUGCGUCUCUUUGGUAACUGGGUCAGCACCCGUUGCGAGGUGCGCCCUGGUGUCCUCUUCCUGACCCGUCAUUUUAUUUUCCAUGAUGACGGCAGUACCUGGGAAGGACAUUACUACCACUACUCUGACCCUGUCUGCAGACAUCCCACUUUCAGCAUCUCGGCCACAGGACACUACAGCCAGGGGGUCCCAUCCAAGACGGUUAAAGGUGGCACAGAGGUGACUUUCACUGUCACCCAUAUGAAGGUCACGCCCAUGAACCUGGUCACCACCUCCCUUCUGAACGCCUUCAGUGGGAAUGAGUGUGGAGCGGAGAGCUCCUGGAGACUGGGGAUCCAGCAGGAUGUGACCUCCACCUCUGGAUGUGCUGCCCUUGGCAUCCGUCUUCCCCACACCGAGUACGAGCUUUUCCGGAUGGGCCGAGACCUGGACGGACGGAGGCUGCUGUACAACGGCCAGAGGCCCACCAAUGGCUCCAGCCCAGACAAGCCACACAAGCGUGCCACCUCGUACCAGCCACCGCUGGUCCAGUGCUCCUCCAGCCAGCAGGGGGCACAAAGUACAAAUAAAGAAGGAGAACAGCACUUCAGACUUGGGAAUGGCUGUGUGACAAACAGCCUGGAAAUCCUCCUGAGUGUCUUGCCCGUAGUAAUCAGUUUCUCCUUUGUCUUAAAAGACGGAGAUUGGGCUAGACUGUGA